UCGCAUGGGGCACGCGGGGAAGCAGCAACUGCUGGAGUGUGUGAAGAAGGGGGAGCUGAAGGGGGUGGAGGUCAAGGAAGGAGCUGGGCAGCAGAGCAAAUGUCCCGACUGCACGUCUGGAAAGCUGCCUAGAACCUCAUUCCCUAUCUCCUCUGAUCAUGCCUCGACUCCCCUUGAGCUGGUGCACACGGAUGUGUGUGGACCGAUGCAAACUCCUGACCGGGAAAGGGGCAGCAGGUACUUUGUCACCUUUCUUGAUGACUUCAGUCGACUUAGCUGGGUCACCUUGGUGAAGACCAAGGAUGAGGUGGCAAAGGUGUUUAAGCGGUGGAUACGCUAUGUGGAGAGGGAAUCAGGGGCCAAGGUAAAGGUGUUAAGGUCAGAUCGGGAUGGAGAGUACCUUGGGAAAUAACUUCAAACCUUCUUGGAAGAAAAGGGUAUUUCCCACCAGCUCUCUGUACCUUACACGCCGCAGCAAAAUGGGGCAGCGGAGCGGCUUAACAGGACCUUGACCGAUUUGGCUCGGGCCAUCCUUUCCCAUGCCGAGCUUGAUAACACUUGGUGGGGGGCAGCAGUGAAGUAUGCCAACUGGGUGAAGAACAGGAUGGGCAGCAAGGGGCUUGGAGGCAAGAGCCCAUACUCCUUAUGGACAGGGAAGGUGCCGAAUGUUUCCAUGGCACGAGUGUGGGGGUGCAUGGCACAGUAUAAGGUACCUGACCAGCAAAGAAGGAAGCUAGAUCCUAAGGCACAGUGGGGGAUCUUCCUUGGGGUUUCUGAGAGGAGCAAGGCUUGGGUGCUAUGGAGU